AUGUCAACCUCCAAAAAACCAACAUCAGAUUCAUCUUUGAAAGCAUAUCAUGAAACAAAUCAAACACAAAUGUGUCUGUCACUACUUCAAAGAAACACCAACACAUUACCUAGUAGUGAAAAAAGAGGUAGAAGGAAACAAACCGAACCAGGAAGGUUUCUUGGUGUUAGAAGAAGACCUUGGGGUAGAUAUGCUGCUGAAAUUAGAGACCCUACAACCAAAGAAAGACACUGGCUUGGUACUUUUGAUACUGCUCAAGAAGCUGCUCUUGCUUAUGAUAGAGCUGCCAUUUCCAUGAAAGGAAAUCAAGCUAGAACUAAUUUCAUUUACACUGAUACUAUCAACUUUCACACUCUUGUUUCUUCUCCUAUUGAUCUUCAAACUCUCUUACCAGCUUCACAGUUACUCACCAACACUACUCAAACCAAUCAAAAUACUACUUUUUCUCAACUAAACAACACUUCACUCACCUCUGGAAAAGAUCAAAACAUGAUCAUGACUACUUUUGAUCAUGAAAAAACAACAUAUGAAUCAUCCAAAAAUCAUGAUGAUAGUUUCUUCUUUUCCAAUGACUCUAACUCUGGCUAUCUUGAAUGCAUAGUUCCUGAUAACUGUUUCAGAAACAGCAAUGUUAGUACUGCUUCAAGUGAUGAAAAAGUUGGUGAUAGCAACAAAUUUUCCAUGGAGGGUCAAAUUCAAUCACAUUUUGGCAUCCCUUCAUUUUCUCAAGAAAUGCCAACAAGGGUCACUGGUUUUUCAGAGUUUUCUUAUUGUCCAAGUGAAGGGUUCUUAGAUUGGAAUUCUAAUGAACUUUCAGCUAUAUUCAACAACAAUCCAUUAACAGUUGAACAUGAAUGCAUGGAUAUGGAUACAUUGAUGUUUCCAAAUUAUCCCAUCAUUGAAAACCUAAGUCCAAGCUAUGGAAUACUCAAUGAUCAAGCUUCUUCUUCAACUAACUAUUCUCCAUCACUUGAUUUUGGUUACCCUCUCUUUUGA